UGCGUGUCUAGAUGCCUAUAAUAUCUACCAGUACCAGCUUAACUGCAUUCAUAUCAGAGCAGAAUACAAGUUGAUCUGAGCUUCCACUGAAUAAUCACACGCAAUGAGUCUCACAAGCUUGAAGCCCCUCACACCGAAACCGACCUUCUGCAUCUCCAAUGGCAGUGGAGUUGAUAUGUCAGCAAGUUCGGUUCGAGUAGGACCGAAGCUUGGGGCCACAUUCUCUCAGUUCAGGGAGCUAUCAUGGGUCAAUCGAGAUGAUGGUUCACGAGCCGGGUUGGUAAUCUGCAGCAGGACCACAAAAUCAAUAAGCGGUUGGCAUAGGAGACAAGGAUUGCAAGUGAGGGCUUUCACGGAAGAGCAGGAGGCUCUGGUGGUCAAGUCCUGGAACCGUAUAAGAAAGGAUGCUGCCGAACUCGGUCUUAAAUUCUUCCUCAGAAUAUUUGAGAUUGCCCCAUCGGCGAAAAAGCUAUUCACUUUCCUGAAAGACUCGGAAGUUCCUCUAGAGAAGAACCCCAAGCUCAAGUCCCAUGCCAUGACGGUCUUUGUAAUGACCUGUGAGUCCGCGGUGCAGCUUCGGAAGGAAGGGAAAGUUACCGUUAGGGAGUCCAAUCUGAAAGAUUUAGGCGCUACGCAUUUCAAGUACGGAGUUGUCGAUGAACAUUUUGAGGUGACGAAGUUUGCGCUGCUAGAAACCAUCAAAGAGGCGGUGCCCGAGAUGUGGUCGCCCGAGAUGAAGAACUCAUGGGGACAAGCUUAUGACCAGUUGGCGGCUGCUAUCAAGACCGAGAUGAAGCCCGCAUCUUCAGUUUAACGCAUUAACCUUAUGCAGCAGAAAACAGAGUUUCGGAGAAUAAAGGAUAGAGAAACAGGAUGAUGUUGCGAAUUUCACGUUCUAUCUCGAAAUAAAGCAACGUCAAAUAAUUGCAAUCUAUGUAUAUUUGUGCAGGUUUAUGAUCAGAAGGUUCAUCUGCUGCAAAAUAAUGAAGUUUUAGUCCAUACAA